CCAGUUGGGUUGGCACUGUGUCACCAACAGGCUUUGAUGAGUAUUUGGAAGAAUGAAGGCAAGGCACACUUGACUGUUGCUGGUGCCUAAGAGCAGAAAUGGAGAAAUCCAGGCCAUUAUGGGACAGUCCUUUCCAGUUUAUAUUUGCCUGUAUUUCUUAUGCAGUAGGACUGGGGAAUGUAUGGCGGUUCCCUUAUUUAUGUCAGAUGCAUGGAGGAGGUGGAUUUCUAAUCCCAUACUUGAUCAUGUUAGUUGUGGAAGGAAUGCCAUUGUUAUACUUGGAGUUGGCAAUGGGACAACAUAUGCGCCAAGGGAGCAUUGGCACAUGGAGAGCUAUAAGUCCUUACCUCUGUGGGGUUGGAAUUGCCAGUGUAGUUGUGUCAUUUUUCCUCUCCAUGUACUACAACGUUAUAAAUGGCUGGGCGUUCUGGUAUCUUUUCCAUUCAUUUCAGGAUCCUUUGCCAUGGGCAACCUGUCCACUGAAUAUUAACCACACAAACUAUGAGGAAGAAUGUGAGAAAGCAACACCCACUCAGUACUUUUGGUACAGGAAAACCCUCAAUAUUUCUCCGUCCAUUGAGGAAAGCGGGAGCAUCCAAUGGGAGCAAGCAGCUUGUCUCAUCCUGGCUUGGCUAGUGGUCUAUCUAUGUAUUCUGCGUGGAACAGAAUACACUGGCAAGGUUGUUUAUGUGACAGCUACAUUACCUUAUAUAGUCCUUAUCAUAUAUUUAAUCAGAGGCUUAACACUUCAUGGUGCUACUAAUGGACUGCAAUAUAUGUUCACCCCAAAGCUAGAGCAACUAACAAACCCUAAGACUUGGAUUAAUGCAGCUACUCAAAUCUUCUUCUCUCUCGGCCUGGGCUUUGGCAGUUUGAUAGCGUUUGCCAGCUACAAUGAGCCAAGCACCAACUGUGAGCGACAUGCCAUCAUUGUUUCCUUAAUAAAUAGUGCCACCUCCAUAUUUGCCAGCAUUGUCACAUUCUCCAUUUAUGGCUUUAAGGCAACUUUCAACUAUGAAAGCUGCAUAAACAAGGUGAUCUUGCUGCUGACUAAUGUUUUUGACCUGGAAGAAGGGUUAUUGACAACAGAAAACCUUGAGAACAUGAAACAGCUUUUGGCAUCUACUUACCCCAGAGAAUACGCAGAAGUGUUGCCACAGAUUAAGAACUGCAGUUUGGAAACGGAACUAGACACUGCUGUGCAAGGGACUGGUCUGGCAUUCAUAGUGUAUUCUGAAGCAAUAAAAAACAUGGAGUUCUCACAAUUGUAUUCAGUGCUGUAUUUUGUCAUGUUGCUGAUGCUGGGAAUAGGGAGCAUGCUGGGAAACACUGCAGCCAUUCUUACACCUCUGACUGACAGCAAGUUCCUCUCCUCUCGUGUGCCCAGGGAGAUCAUCUCAGGUAGCGUGUGCAUUAUCAACUGUGUCAUUGGGCUGAUAUUUACUACGAAGGCUGGUAACUACUGGUUUAAUAUCUUCAAUGAUUAUGCAGCUACUCUCUCCUUGCUGCUUAUUGUACUGGUGGAAACUAUUGCUGUCUGUUACAUCUAUGGCCUAAAAAGGUUUAGUAAAGACCUUUACAUGAUGAUUGGACAUGAGCCAAGUUGGUACUGGAAAGUUUUGUGGGCUUUUAUCAGCCCUAUAUUAAUUGUAAGUCUGUUUAUAUUUUACAUCACGGACUACAUCAGCACAGGGAUAUUCCAGUAUCAAGCCUGGGAUGCAACAGAGGGGCAGCUGGUUACAAAAGAUUAUCCAAGAGGUGGCCUAGCAGUCAUUGGUCUGCUUGUGGCAACAACAUCAUCAUGCAUACCAUUAGGAGCAUUAGUAACUUUUAUAAAGCUCAGAAGAAAUCGUCUAUAAUUGGACUUUAGUAACAGCUGCAACUUUCACAUCCCAGCUUGAAGAUUAUACCAGCUGUAGCCGGGAGCAAGCAACAAGCAAAGCAAAUCCUGGCUACCAAAACAUUCAUGCCAAAAUAUUUCCUUGUUCAUUCUCCAUCAAGAAAGUGGUUUUGCAGCAGAAGGCAACUGAAGAUUGCUUUUAUAAGAUACAGAUGAUAGCUUGCAAGAUUGGCUGUGACUGCGCAAGGAGCGCACAUUAUCUUUAUGCAAAGGAAAUCACCCAGUCUGGCAUACAUGAAUUUGAGCUCCAGUUGUAUAAUGUCCAAGAAGUCAUAUGGUACAAGAAACUGCGAUGAGUGCAGUUGAUUUUUCUAUGUGGAAUGAAAAAAAUUUACACUGUUAUUUGCAAGUUAUCUUUACGGGCAAAGCUUGUCAGCUGCAACAAUCUACUGAAUUUCCAUAAUUCUCUAAAGGUACUGUACAAACAAGGGGAAUGGGGCUGGGAAAUUUUAACCAAGGGCUACGCUGGAAUUAUCAUGAACUAGGAAACUAAAGACAUACAGAUUUAAGUUGCAUUAUGAAUGAUAUACAUAUUUAAAUACCACACACUGCACUUAUUGUGAAAUAUAUUUUAACAUUACUAUCAAAUAGCAGAAACCUAACUCAGAAAAUCCUGAGGAAAAUCAUCACUAAACUUUUUUACUUGCCUCUUUUCCAGACUAUUAUCAUGUGCUGCCAAUGUUGUAAUCUCAGAAAUAAUAAAAGUUAAUAUAUGUAUAUUUAUUCAAAGAACAAGAGCUAAUGUUUUUAGGUUUACUAACUUUUUAAGACAAAGGCACUACAGUCAAGUAUUUUUGUUUCCCUAGGUCACUUUCCAAAAUAAUUUCAAUAUACAGAUUAUCCUUGCUUACUGCCUGCCUUGUUUG